AGAAACAACACGAAUCUACGAAAUCGUUUGUGAGGAAAAAAAAGGGUUACAGUUUUGUGAAAUUAUGGCCGAUAACCUCUGUGGGUCAACUUCAAAGGAAUGUGCAACUUGUCAUAAGAAAGAUUUACUGAUAAUCUCCUGUGAGGCGCAGCAACACACUUUCUGUUUGUCUUGCCUCACAACAUUCGUUGAGUCACGCACAUCCACAGGAAAACCGCCAACUGGGUUGGCAAUGCGCCUUGGCUGUCCUUUGGGGUGUGGAUCACAACUUGAACCUUACCUACUGCAGGAUAUCAUUGACGAAAUUGCUGCGACAUCAAAGGAGAAAACCUCAAGAGGUCCUUCCUGCGAUGGACAGACUUCUUCCAGGUCUUGUCCGAAUGAUCGAUGCUCCUUUGAUUUUCGGCCCGAUGACGGCGAUUUUGAAACUCUUUAUCCGUGGUGCCCAGAAUGCUGCGCAUUUUAUUGCUGUACUUGUCAAAGACGACUUGGAGAUGAAGGAUACACCGAUCAUAUUUGUCCAGCCGGUCAGAUCACUGACAUAACUAAUGAUGCCGUAGCAAGCCAAACAUUGUGCAGAGUAGUUUGCGAGGCUAUGUUUGUACGAUGUCCCAGCAACUCUUGCCAGUCGACUGACCGAGCGGAAGACCUGAUAGUGAAGAGGAAUGAGGAUUGUAACGCUAUAAGAUGUUGGACAUGUCAAAGAUUCUUCUGCUUCAUUUGCACGAAAGACCUGGGGAUGAACAGAGAAGAUGCACUUAAGGCAUUUCCACACAGGAAUGCUAGCGAAGCUAACGCUCCUUGCUGUUGGCUCAUUGACGAUGCAUUAAGCGGAAAUACUAAAACAAGAGCGUUACUGAUACGGCAGAUGAAUGCAGCAGCUGAUUAUCUUCGUUCUCUCCAAAUGAGCAACGAAAAGAAAUUGAUUUUGCUGAAUAGUAAUAGGGAAGUACUGGGGGAGGUAUUCACGCAUUUGAUCAAGAAAUAUGGACCCAAAAGAGACCAAGAGAAGUGUGUCAUAUUGUAGAGUUUUUAAAAAGUGUGUUAUACGCGCACUAAGAUUUUGAAGCGCUUAUUUGAGAACAGAGCUAGUGAUAAAUGUAUUAUAAUGCAAAAAAGGACUGCUCUUUAAGUAAUGUAAUUACAUAUUAUACGUACUUUUUAAUCUGUUCAAGAAAGGUUGAUUGAAAAGUCACAUUUACCUUUUUAUUUCAAUAUUUGAACGGAAUCAUAAUUCUACAUUAUAAUAAGAAAGCUUUCAUC